AUGAUGGCUUGUGAUGAGCGUUUAAAGACUUUCUCCAAAGAGGAGAGGAGCGAGUUCAGAGAUACACCGGUAAGUUGGCAAUACUCUAGAGCCGCGGAUGUAGAUUCAGAGAUAUGCCGGAGGGAUCAAAACAACAUACCGCCUAAAGAUAAAACGUUGACAAGAUCUGGUAUGAUGUUGAAGUGGGCUUCUGCUGAUAAAUCGUUCCACAUUGGGCUUCUUCUUCUUUUGCAGGAAGUUGAUGGAUCUGAUCUCUCCAUGAAGUUGAUGGAAUUGAUCUCACUGUUUGACUAA